GCUGUGCGCGCUUUAGGAGGCGGGGCCUGUAACGGCGGCGGGGGGCGUGUCCGGUCUCCAUGGUGACGGCAGAGUUUACAUCAGAGAGAGAGAAAACCGGGAGGAGAGUCACGUGACCGGAGGGGACACCGGGUCCAUGUGGAUCCCUCUGACAUGUUUCAGGCUCUGAGUGAUCGGGACAGCGGCUAUGGAGAGAUGGGGGACCCCCCGCCGUCACUCUGGAGGAUGGUGGAGGACCAAGUGCCCCCCAGUGAGCGGGCCGAGAUCCGGAGGAUUCUGGGAGAGGCCGCCGUAGACCUGAGCCUGGACCUGCACGCCGAGGUCGAGGUUCUGCUGGAGCUGUGCAGAGAGAUCCGAUCCUGCAGCCCUUCCUCCCUACAGAGACCUCCCAGCGGCUGCUCCAUCCUGGCCGACCCCCCAGCCAUCAAGGAGAUGGUGACCCAGGAGAUCCGAAUGUUACUGCUGAGCGUGAGGAGCAAAGCAAGACGCCAGGGACUUGAUGAGGACCAGGCCCUUUCCAAGUACAACCCCAAGGUGGUGAUAUAUGUGAUGGGGCCCGGCCGGCCGGAGAGCAGAGCCCAGUCCAGAGAGAGCCGAUGGGGCCGACCAAUGAGUGCAAGCCGAGCUGGAGAUGGGCGGCCCCUCUCCUCUCUGUCCUCUGGCUCCAGCAUUGAGGAUGACCUGGAGGAAAUUAAGGACAAACUCAAGAUUGCUGACAUUGAUGAGGUGGUACAACACCUUCGAUCACUGCUGGAGGAGGAGAGUCAGUCCCUGAAGAGAGAGAUCACCAACCUGCAGGAGCUCCUAGAAGAAGACUAUCUGUACGCCGAGGAGAUCCGGACGCCGGAACCUUCUCUGACAGAGCUGAAGGAGGAGCGACGGAUCAUCGAGAGAGAUCUGCAGAGCGAUCGGCCGCCGGUGACACCCGUACAAUCAGCCAAGAUGGCGUCUGCCAGGAUAACGACCCCCCCGGCCAGGUCUCUGGAGGCUGUAAAGAGGGACUUGUUGGGGGAUCCGGGGCGCCGGGCCCCUCCACAGACGCCGGGCUCUUCUGAAUUACACCGCUACAAGCGGGCGCCGUGCCCUCCACACCCAAAACUGAGGACCACACAGGAAGCCCUCUGCUCCACCCCUCCCCCACCCUCACGAAGGGGUCCCUCUGCUGGACAAGAACUGGGCUCACAUCAUCCCCAUAAACCUGCUAAUGCACCUGGCAGUCUGGAGCGCCUGUCCCGGGUGUACGCCCCUGGCAGGAGUACCGGCCCGUCCACCAUGAACUGUGUCCCUGCGGAGAGCAGUCAGUCUACACAUGGAGUGAAGCCACCAGACGCUCUGUAUGUUCCUGCCCCUCCCCCGGCUCAAAGACCGCCCAGCGGGGCCAACUCUGCACCAGCAUUCCGCAGGGCGAGGGCGAAGGCGCCGACUAUUCCACCGUGACCUGAAAUGUCUGAGAGUGGGCGGAGCAAAUGGAGGUGUACCCGCCGGAUGGGCGUCCAGAGUAGGACAACCGCAGUCAAGUGAGGGUGGAGCCUUUUGUCCAAAUUGUUGGUGUCUUUGGCCUGGAUUCAAGAAGCAAUUGCGCCUGUGUAACCAUAGGUUACA